AUGCAUCUGGCAAAACCAAACGAUAAAAAUCAGAGGACAUCAAUCUUUUCGGUCCACGUUCACCCUGACGGAUCUCGCUUAGCAACUGGAGGUCUCGAUAAUAAAAUAAAAUUAUGGAGUACUGCCAGCAUAAUUGAUGUAGAUAAAGCGAACGAUCCUAGUGUACCACGUUUAUUAUGUACUUUAGGUCUCCACAAUGGCUCAGUCCUCUGCGUCAGAUGGUCAAGCAAAGAUGGGCGAUAUUUAGCCUCAGGAUCAGAUGAUCAACUUGUUUUGAUAUGGGAAUGGGAUAGAUCUACUGAAGGAUGGUCAGGAGGAAGCGUGUUUGGAAGUGGAGAGCACAACAUUGAGAAUUGGAAACCUGUAAAGCGACUCUCUGGGCAUCAAUCAGACGUAGUUGAUCUUGCUUGGUCGAGAACUAAUACCUAUUUGGCGUCAUGCGGUUUAGACAGCUUGGUAUUCAUAUGGGACGGCAAAACGUUUGAUCAGCAUCUUGGAUUUGUUAAAGGUGUUACGUGGGAUCCCGUUGGCGAAUAUCUUGCAACAGAGUCUGAUGAUAAAACAGUUAAAAUAUGGCGAACUACUGAUUGGACCGUGCAAGCUGAAAUCAGUGAACCUUAUGCAAGUUCUCCCACAACUACUUUUUACCGUCGUCUUAGCUGGUCUCCAGAUGGUUCUCAUGUCGCAACAGCAAAUGGUGCACAAGGUGCGGUAGCUAUCGCAGCUAUAUUUAAUCGAGGCGAAUGGCGAACUGACAUAUCCUUGGUGGGGCAUGAUUCUGCAAUUGAAGUCGUGGCGUUUAAUCCAGUUAUUUUUAUGAUACCUGACAGUGAUGACGCUGAUCCUAAUUCUGAAACCAUGGGUAGUGUAUGCGCUGUUGGAAGCCAAGAUCAUAGCAUUUCUGUAUGGGUAACAAGAAAUGCCCGUCCACUCUUUGUUUGUCAAAAACCUUUUGAACACAGCGUAUUGGAUUUGGCGUGGUCACCUGAUGGUACACAGCUUUAUGCGUGUUCUUAUGAUGGAACUGUGGUUGUUUUACAAUUCAUUAAUAAAGAAUUUGGCACUCGGGUGUCUGAUGAAGAACAUGAAAAGCUCCUUACAAAAUACGGUUUCACUGCAAAAGAGCCGAUAAUUCUUGAAAGUACUACUCAACUUAGUUUAGAAAGUGAAUAUGCAAUUGUAAAAAGUAAAGAGAAAUCGGAUCUUAUGGCUAAUAUGAUGGCACCGUUAGAUAGUCCAACUGUUGAUAUGGAUAUUAGCACUUCUGAAACAAACAAAAUUUUAACCACUGGCCCAACGAUUACCGAUUUUAGACCAACUGUUCUUCCAGAACCACUGCCUUCAAUCGGAACGCAACAAUCAAUUAACUAUGAUAGUGAAAUGUCUACAAAUACUAAUGGAGUAUCGACUUCUGCACCUAACACAACGGUUAAUGUUGCUAUUUCUCAACAAACUGUUACUGUGACAAAAGAUGGAAAAAGGAGGAUUCAGCCUCAAUUUUUGAAAAGUCUUAUCUCAUCUACUCCUCAUUUACAACCAAACAUAUCUUCAACUUCCGAACAAGUUAUUGUUGAACCUUCUACAUCAAGUAAUGGCUCUACAAUUGUUUCUGCUCUUCCAAAUAGUCAUCAAAAAUUAUCAACUGAAGAUAUAUUAGGCAGCGAGAUGGACGCUCCUUCUCGCGCUUUGCCGCCUGGUGGAAUUCCUACUCUUAUUAUUGGAAAUAAACGGAGUACUCCGCCAACAUCAGAUACAACUACUCAAUCUAACAAGCGACAAAAUAUAUCUGGCAAGAUACAGUCAGAAGUUGAACCACAAUCAAGUGUUUUAAGAUCAUCCUUAGUUUCACCAUCUGUUGCAAUGUCGCAAGUAAGAUUAGCUACUCAUAAGGUCUUGAAUUACCUUGCUAAAGACCGCCUAGAUGGUGCAACAUUAAAAUUAGAAUGCUACAAUUCUAGUGACAAUUCACCAUCUCAACUAAUGUGUACUCGUGGUAAGGCUACUGUAUGGUUUGACUACGUCCCGAGUGCGGUGAUACUUAUUACCGGACAUUCACAAUAUUCUGCUGUCGCAUGUGAAGAUGGUAGCAUAUAUAUAUACUCUUCUGCCGGUCGACGGUUAUUACCAGUGAUAGUGCUCGAGUCAUCUGCUUCAUUUCUUGAAAUAUGUCGAGAUUAUCUUUUGGUUUUAACUCAAGUAGGGUUACUUAGUGUUUGGGAUUUACGAAACCUCAAAGCAAUCGUACAUUCCGUAUCUAUUGCACCAAUUCUUUAUUCUGCAUCAUUAAAUUCGGACGAUUUUAAUUCUUCCGUGUCUAUAAUAAGUGCACAUGUUAGAUCUAAUGGGAUCCCAUUACUAAUCACGAGUACAAAUGAAGCAUGGUGUUAUCAUUUUGAUAUGCAUGUUUGGACGCGUGUGUACGAUCCACGAUAUACGUCAAAAGACUCAACUGGAUCAGAAAUUGGUGAAGUUAAUGGUGGUGGAAUAUUAGCAUCCCUUGAAAACUAUGCAAGGCAAGGAGGUGUAAGAAAUCUUGGGUCAUUGUCGCACUUGAGACGAUUAAGUGGAAAUGAUACUCCAGGGCAACCAAAUCAUCAGAUUGGCUAUUUAGAAACUCAACUUGUUGCCGCCGAAUUAGUCAAUUCUCCUGUAGAGUAUAAGAAAUUAUUAUUCCAAUAUGCCCAAAAAAUAGCCGAUGAGGAAGCAGAAUAUCGCACUGAAGAUUUUGGAGGUCGCGCAAAAUCAAAUUGGGAUCCAUUUUUAAUGGGAAUGUCAAAGCGUCAGUUACUUGAAGAAGUGUUGACAGUAUUGUCGUCUAAUCGUUCUUUACAACGCCAUGUAACAGAAUAUAAAAAUGCUCUUAAUAAGGUUCUGAAUUUAGAUUAA